AGCAUCUCUCGCUGCAGCAUCAGCAGCAGCGAUAAACACCUGGCGGUGACCCGCGCAGGUAGAUGAGAUCACUCGUCGUGUUCAGCUCCGCGUCUGCAUGAAGAACGGAAAACAGAAUAUCUGAGGAGACCUGCCGUCACCAGGGCCAUGUGGUGAUGCGCGCGGCGCCAUGCAGAGGAGGCACAGCAGCAACACGGAUGGCAUGCCCUCUGACAGCCAUUGUCCAGGCUAAAGAUAUUUUUGGCGUCCCCGCUUAUCUGUCCCUCAGGAGCCGGAGCCAGACGCUGGGCUCGGAGAGCAGCCUGGACGAGGGCCUGAAGCCCGCCUCGCCCGCCUCCCCCCAGCAGAUCUUCUCCGGCCUGGUGGGCGUCCCCUCCGCCGCCGUCUCCUCGGCCCAGUUGCAGGUGGCCGGCCUCGUCCUGGGCUCCCCCCCCGAGGUGUUCAUCCAGAUGACGGCCUCGUCCAGAGAAGAAGGGGGCCCCCGCCGCACGGAGGCCGGGCCCUUCCUCCCCCGGCCGCCCCCGCUCCACCACCUCCACCACUUCCACCACCAGCCCCUGCAGCACAGGACCUCGUCUCUGCUGCAGCAGGCCGCGCUAGAGAGGCCCGGCUCCAGGGAGGAGGCCCCGGAGGACCCGUCCACGCCGGCCCCGGCGCUGUCCGAGCUGAAGGCCGUGGUCACGUGGCUGCAGAGAGGCUUCCCCUUCAUCCUCAUCCUGCUGGCUAAAGUCUGCUUCCAGCACAAGCUAGGCAUCGCUGUGUGUGUGGGCAUGGCCAGCACCUUCGCCUACGCCAACGCCACCUUCAGGCACCAGGUGGCACUGCGGGUAACAAAAACAGCAACUGCUGCACUGACACAGGAUCGAAAGACAAGAGCAACAUCUCAGAUUUAUUUAAAUGCGGAUCGCUCGGUGCUGGUCGCUCUCUGGAUCAUCACCUUCCUGGGAGGGAACGUCGUGUACAUCUACUACACCUUCAGCCACGAGGAGCUGCACAACAGCCUCAUGUUUUCCAAGCCCAACCUCAGCAGCUUUGACUUCUUCGACCUGGUGUGGGCCGUCGGCAUCAACGACUUCGUCCUGAAGUUCUUCACCGUGGGCCUGAAGUGUUUCCUCCUCUUCCUCCCCAACAUCCUGCUGGCCUUCAGAUCCAGGGGUAAGUUCUACCUGCUGAUCGAGGAGCUGAGUCAGCUGUUCCGGGCCCUGGUGCCGGUCCAGCUGUGGUACCAGUACAUCAUGGGAGCAGACCCGUCCAGCAGCUACUUCCUUGGAGCCUCACUCAUCAUCAUCUACAGCCUCUGCAAGUCCUUCGACAUCUGUGGACGAGUUUCUGCCAUCCGGAAGGCUAUGAUGAUGCUGUGCAGCCCCCAGAGUUACGGCGUGCGGGCCGGCGGGCAGCAGUGCAGCGAGGCGGGAGACGUCUGCGCCAUCUGUCAGGCGGAUUUCAGAGACCCCAUCGCCCUCCAGUGUCAGCACGUGUUCUGUGAGGACUGCCUGUGUUUGUGGUUCGACCGUGAGCGCUCGUGUCCGCUGUGCCGCUCCACCGUCAUCGAGGCCCUGCGCUGCUGGAAGGACGGCACCACCUCGGCCCACUUCCAGAUCUACUGAGGCGGGUCCACGUGUAUACAUAUAUAGAUAUAUACAUAUCCAUAUGGAUGUAUAUAUAUAUAUAGAUAGAUAUAUCCAUAUGUAUAUGAAUAUUUGCAGUCCAAUUGCAUAACAUCCCCUUUUUUGCUGUUUAUCUUCGUGGUGACUCAUCGGGGUAAAGCGUAGUGACGGGGGGGGGGGGGGGGGGGCUCAUUUAUGAAACGCUGAAUGUUUGCGUUUGUUCAAAGGAAAUAAACGGCAAACACACACGAGGAGAGAGGGUCAGGGUUCCUUCUGCGUUCGUGUGGUCGAGAUGUAAAUACUAGCGCUCACUCUUAUUUGUAUUUGUAUAUUUUGUGAUUUUGUUUUAAAUAUUGAAAGCCAUUUUUUACUUCAACUUUUGCUUGUAUUUAUUUUUUAAGAUUCCUUUGAACACAAAUAAAUGUCUGAAGAAGAGAA